AUGAGUUGCCGAAAGGAAGGUGGCAAAUGGUCGGCGCCCGCUGCUCCUCCCGCUUUCCAGUUCCGUGAAAUUGUCUCCUAUUCGGAGGCAGCGGAGGGGGGAAGGGAACCACACCUGAGCUCUCGGAGUAAGUUAGAGAGGGAAGCAAUGGCACCAGACUUUUCGGCUUUGCUGUGCCUGAUAUCCUUAAGGUCACGUCACGUUGCGCGCGCGGUAUCCCAGUGUGCAGCCUCUCUCCUCUCUCUCUCUCUUCUUCCUCUUUCUUUUUUAGGCAGAUUAGAACAAGGUUGUCCACGCUGCAGAAGCUGGAUCAACUCUUUCGAAUACACCGGCCAAGUACUCCGUAUAAUAGACGUAAGAUAA